CCCGCACCAUUGGAAGAAGUAUGGGAGAUUUAAAAAUGAUCGUAAGCUGCACCUCAUCCGAUUCAAGUGUGGAAAACUUCUACAAGGAUUCGGUUGUCCUUAUCACCGGCGGAACGGGAUUUAUCGGAAAAGUUCUUAUUGAAAAAUUACUGCGGUGCUUUGAGGUGAAGAAAAUCUAUCUGUUGUUACGUGAAAAGAAAAAUGUGAAAUCCAAAGACCGCCUGAAGGAGAUACUACAGGAACCGAUCUUCCAUGUAGUAAGAAACAAUAAUCCAACGCCAGCGAGUGUGUUUUCGAAAGUGAUCGCGAUCGACACCAAUUUCCAGCAGGACAAAAUUAUAAGUGAUCGUGAUCGCGAACUGCUUCUGUCCGAGGUCACUAUUGUGUUUAACGUGAUGGCGUCGGUGAAAUUCAAUGAACACAUUGAAUCUGCUCUGGAUACGAACGUGAACUGUUCGCGAAAACUUUUCGAUAUGGUCACUCAAAUGCAUCAAGUUCGGUCGAUCGUUCACGUGUCAACGUUCUACUCAAACUGCGAUCGAUCCCACAUAGAGGAACGAAUCUUCGACGAUGUUCCAUUUGGUGGCUAUGACAAUAUUCUUCGAAUCUUCAGGCAUCUCAGCGACUCCGAAAAGAAUAAACUAACCCCGGCAAUACUGGGUCCAAUGCCCAACAGUUACACCUUUAGCAAAAAGUGCGCCGAAGUAAUGAUCCAGCAGAGAUACUCCCAUCUACCGAUUGUCGUCUUCCGACCGCCGAUCGUGAUUUCCUCUUACCAGGAACCGAUUCCAGGCUGGGUGGACAAUUUCAACGGGAUCGCUGGUAUGUGCAUACCGAUGACGCAAGGCAAAAUAUACUGCGCCCGGGGGGAACCGGAUCUGCCGAGUCACUCGGUACCGGUGGACUACUGUGUGGCGGCACUGCUGGCGGUCGGUGCCGAAGUAAGGAAGAAUCUUAUCCCGGAACGGAGUCGGUAUCCGGCCGUGUAUAACUUCGCCACCGACUGCAACAACAUUAGAUGGGGAGAGUACGGCCGGAAGGCUGCCGAUGGGUGUGAAACGCGGCUGGGAAAAUUUUUCGGGUGA